UGCGUAAUCCGCAACACAAGGUAAAACGGAACCGAACCGGACCGACCUCGAAAAGGGUUCCGUUAGCUCCCACCCUUACGCGCAAGAACCACGUAAAACAAACAAAACCUCGUUCAAACCACGACCCGAGUCCAGCCACUAUCAAACCACGAUCCCGGGUCCAGAGAGCGGCUGUGUCGGCUUGUGACCGUUUCGCUCGCUUUUGGCCGUCGGCGUUAACUAAGCGUGAAACGCGGUCUCCGCGAGAGUCGGGUCGGCCCGGAUGUGCGGUAGAAGCCAAAGCUUCUGCUGUCACUUGGUUGGGCUGGCUGUCCGCGAGCGGCGCGCUGACAAGGCUCGUACACGUGAUAGUCGGCGCGCGUCAUCAGAGAAGCUGUCGCUCGCCUCGAGGUCGGAGCGGGCUUUGACAGGUUUCGCACGUCUGUGUAAAUAAAGAAUAUACAAAAAAAAAUCAUAAACGGACCAAAAAAAAGAAAGAAAACAAACUGAGCGGUUGUGUCGGGUCCACUCCCCGCAUCUACUUUCAUUCAUUCGCGCGGUGUAGGCAUAUCAGGAUUGGAGGUUGGCGAGUUAAGAAAAAAAAAGAGAAAAGAGAAAACAGCCCCAAAAGCAUGGCUGGUUUAAUGGCAGGUUUCGGUCAUUUCACCCACGCCGUCGUCCGGGGUGUCCCCGCUUCCCUCGCCAAAGAGGCGCUGAGGACUAACCAGCUGGAGGUGGACCCGGAGAAGGCGCAGAGGGAGCACGACGCCUAUGUGGAGGUUCUGAGGAGCAAACUCGGACUGGAGGUGGUCGAACUGCCCGCCGACGAGACUCUCCCCGACUGCGUGUUCGUGGAGGACGCGGCCGUGGUCUGCGGGGACACGGCGCUCAUUACGAGACCCGGGGCAGAGAGCAGGAGGAACGAGACGGAGGCGAUGAAAUGUGCCCUGAAGGAGCUGGAUCUAAACAUCAUGGAAAUGGCCGAUGAGAACGCCACUCUGGAUGGAGGAGACGUCCUUUUCACAGGUCGAGAGUUUUUUGUGGGCCUCUCCAAACGGACCAAUCAGAGAGGGGCAGAGAUCCUGGCAGAUGCAUUUAAGGACUAUGCUGUCUCGACUGUCCCUGUGCUGGAGGGGCUGCACCUGAAGAGUUUCUGCAGCAUGGGGGGACCAGGUCUCAUUGUCAUCGGCUCAAGCGAACCAGCUCAGAAAGCCCUCAAAAUUAUGCAGCAAAUGAGUGACCACCGCUAUGACAAGCUCACCGUGCCCGAUGAUCUUGCAGCUAACUGCAUCUACAUGAACCUGCCCAACAAGGGACACGUGUUGCUGCACUGCACACCAGAGGAGUUUCCAGAGAGUGCAAAGGUGUUUGAGAAGCUGAAGGACCACAUGCUGAUCCCCGUGUCCAACAUGGAGAAAGUCAAAGUGGAUGGAGCCCUCACAUGCUGCUCCGUACUCAUUAACAAGAAGGCCAACAUCUGAGCAUGCUCACGGAGGGGGUCUCUCAGCGCAGGGUCACCGAGGGGAGCCUGCAGACAACCACCGAGGGUCAACAAGGUUUCCCAAAGCAUCUUGGCACCGGGGGGAAAGGCAUAGGAAACUGUGUUGGCACCUGAGCCAAAAAAUUCUCUUGACUGAUAAAGGGCUCUCACGUGUUACCUUCAACUGACCAAACACUCUUACAGUAGAAGAAGAAACGCUUCAGUAAAAACAAUGAGCCUUAGCUUAUCUUGAGUUGCACUGGAACAAAGACUAUUUGGAGCUGCUACAAGGAGUUCUUCACCGACUAGUUCACCGGCCCAGUUCAGCGUUGGUGCCUCUGUAUGCCCGGCAUAAGCAGACAAGACCAUCAGCGACAAGAUUAGGUAUUGUUAUAUAACGACCCCAAAUGCUUAUCCACCGGGUUGGAUUCCCGGCGAAACCCGACGAAACGAUUUACGGCACACAGAUGGAGUACGUGGUGACAAUUUAGAUAGAUAGAUACAUGACCUCAUCGCCGUAUAUCUUGUUUAGACACCUGUUUGUUUUUUUCCAAAAGGCCACUGCAUCUCUUCCCUUUUCUCUUCAAAACAGAUGCAUGAGCUACCAGAGGCCUGAACCUUUGCAGCAAGAGGCGACGCUUCUGCAAAAAGGAAGUCGUCGUUCCGCCGAAACACCGCCACUUUUAUCCACAGGUGCAGGGUCCAGAAAAAUCAAAAUCUCCUUGUAGCAACUGCAAGUGCCAAGAUGCUUUCGGGAAACCUCGGCCCAUUGAAAAGUCAGUCUUCUGUUUGCUUUUGAUUUGUAUGCAACAUAAAAUUGUGCUAACAAAAAGAUAAGUAUGAGGCAAGUGAUUUACAUGUUCUGAACAUGGGUCUAACUUGCUGCCCCUGUGAAGCCUAGCUAAAGCAACUGCAAAAAAAGAAGAAAAAAAAGACCAAUUUAAGCUCACAAAAACACCUCUCUUACUGUGCAGUAUUUACUCCUUUACUGCUGGUCUGAUAACAGUUAAGAUCACGGCAAUUUUAUCCACCAAGAAGAAGUUAUGACCUUAAAUCAGCUGAUCCAAGAUGCAAGAGAGCCCCCCCCCCUAAACACCACCACCCGAACCCCAUCCUGAGAGUACUUAUGUGUCCGUCAAUCCUUGUGCUUAGUGGUCAAUGUUUACAACCCGCCAAGAGAACCGUAGAAAACACUGGAGAAACUAGACCAGGUGGACCUGUGUGAUAGACUUUCAUCGUUUGCCUGUGAGGAGACAGCACACGAACGCACUGCGCUGUAGGUUUGUGAACUAGCGAGGACAGAGCUCUGCCUGUGUAAAUGAUGUACAUUUAAUUGAACCGAGGCUCAGGUCAGUAUUCACGACUCAAGACAUUUCUUUGCCAGAGAAAUUAAGAUAAUCUACCGCCGCGAUUGUGUGAAAGGCCUCAAGACUUAAACGUUGCUCUUAUGCAUUUGCAUUUUUACCUCUAUACAAAGUUUACAUAGUCCUUUAGAUGCUUAGUAAAUGUUAUGACCCUGCAGCCUUGGGAAAGCAUUCACAGUUCAACUGUGUAUGUGCCCCCCCCCCCCAAAAAAAUGCACAGUGAGUCUCUUUCUGACAGCUAGAUUGUUUUAAUUGUUUUGAUUUUUUAGUUAGUUCUUAAAAAGUUGGGAUGUGAGUUUUUGCCUCUGAGCGAAGAAUCAUGAACAGAAACUUCUGUGGUGGAUGUCUAAUGAACGUACUGCCGCUGACUCCUGAGGAGGAGCUUUACAUGUCAUUUGCUUCCUUCCAUACUCACCACUAUUCCCAUUCUUGAACCAGCUCUCUCUCUUUCUGUCUGUCUGUCUGUCUGUCUCUCUCUCUGUCGGUCUCUCUUGCUGUCUCUCUCUCUCUCUCUCUCUCUCUCUCUCUCUCUCUCACUGUCUGUCUGUCUCUCUCUGUCCAUCUGUCUCUCUCCCUGUCUGUCUGUCUGUCUGUGUUUCUCUCUCUCUCUCUCUCUCUCUCUCUCUCUCUCUCUCUCUCUCUCUCUCUCUCUCACUGUCUGUCUCUUUCUCUGUCUGUCUCUCUCUCUCUGUCCAUCUGUCUCUCUCCCUGUCUGUCUGUCUGUCUGUCUCUCUCUCUCGCUCUCCCACUCUGUCUCUCUCUGUUUGUCUCUCUCUCUCUGUAUCUGUCUGCUCUCUCUCUCUCUCUAUGUCUGUCGCUCUCUCUCUGUCUGUCUGUCUCUCUCUGUCUGUCAAUUCAAUUCAAUUCAAUUCAAAUGGCUUUACUGGCAUGACCUAACGCUGUACAUAUUGCCAGAGCAUGGGUUCAAACACUGAAAAAGCUCAACAAUAAUUGGAAAACAUAUUGAAAACAAACACACUACAGCAAAGACACACAGUACAAAACAAAACCAAUAUACUGUCAUCAAGUAGAACAGCAACAAUGUGUGUCAGGUGACUGUCACUCACUGUGCCUCGCUUUAUGGCAGGCAGCAACAUAUACUGCUGCUGACUUACACUCACUGUGCCCCACUUUAUGGCAGGCAGCAACAUAUACUGCUGCUGACUUACACUCACUGUGACUCACUUUAUGGCAGGCAGCAACAUAUACUGCUGCUAACUUACACUCACUGUGACUCACUUUAUGGCAGGCAGCAACAUAGACUGCUGCUUACUUACACUCACUGUGACUCACUUUAUGGCAGGCAGCAACAUAUACUGCUGUUGACUUACACUCACUGUCCCUUCACUUUAUGGCAGGCAGCAACAUAGACUGCUGUUAACUUGCAGCUCUUUGGGUCUUCCCCUAGUAGGACUGGUAGUUUUUCUUCAUCUGGUAGGUUGAGAAAACCUUCUGUUAUUAGUUGGAAUUGUUUAAAAUGUGCAUCUCUAACAUGUUUAUAUUGUCCACAUGUGGUGAGAAAGCGUAGCUCUGUUUCAGGCUCACUGAGGGUGCAGUGAUGAUGAUGAUGAUGAUGAGGAUGAUGAUGAUGAGGAUGCAGUGACAGCACAGCCUUCGCUCUGCAGGGGCAGGUCUUCCUGUGUCUCCCCUUUUCAAUAGCCAGGCUGUGCUCACUCAGUCUGCACACAGUCAGGGUUGUUUUUCAUUGUUGAUCAGUCACCAUGCUCACAUAACCUGCUAUGGUGUCCAGUCCAUGUAGAGCCAGACAGCACUGCAUUUUGCUCUGUGUUUUUGUCUGUGUUUGCCAAUGUGUGAUGUAGUUUUGUUUUAACUGUUUGGUAAUGUGAUUGGGUCUGACUGGUGACAUGUUGUUAAUAGAGCAGGUUUGUGCUCUCAGCCUUAGGACCAGUUGGGUAAGGGGGUUCCUAUUACGAUUCAGCUCUUGGCACUGCAGGGCUUGGUGAUGAUACGAGAGCGAGAGGGGGUCACUUAGUUUUAGAUGUGUCCAAAAGUGAAUUGCUCUUUUUUGUAUGUUUAGUAUUAGUGGGUACUGGCCUACUUCUGCCCUGCAUGCAUUGUUUGUAGCUUUCCUCUGGACAUGUAGGAGGAUCUUACAGAACUCUGCAUGCAAGGUCUCAAUGGGGUGUUUAUCCCAUCGAGUAAGUAUUCUGUCUCUGUCUGUCUCUCGCUCUGUUUUUAUAUAAACCAGUCUUAUAUCAUGUAUAGAGGAUAUUAUGGUUUGCUCCACAGUACCUCCGUGGAAGACCGAGGGGCUUACAUGCUGCAGCAUCGCUGUGAAUUCGCUGCUGCAGUCCACUUUGUUCCAGCAUGUGCCAUUUAACAGCAUUCUUUUGAAACCCGUGCCCCUUUGCACAAAAACCCUCCAGCAUCCAGGGAGAGAAACGACCUCGCAUCCCCUGCGUGGUCAGCUCCCUGGUGUGCUCACAAAGCCAACAGCCGGCACGGGGGGGGGGGGGGGGUCCUCCGGUGCGUGUGAGCGCACGCACCACUCGCGGCCUUGUCGAUACAGAUAUGGGGAGAGAAAACGCAACAGCUCGAAAAACCUGUUUGUUUCUCAGUGCGAUCCUCCGUGAAAGUUUCAGCAGAGGAAAUGACAUCAGUAGGUGAUGCAAGACACCCCCCCCCCUCCUCAUUUGCUCCUCUUUAGCAGCUUGGGUAUGGUCAGGCGGGCAGUGAUGAAACAUGGAAAGAAUUCCUUUUUGGGAGGAGAAGCUUGUACGCCAAUAAACAUUCACUCACUCUCUCUCUCUUAAACUUUCUGUCUGUGUGUCUGCCUCUCUCUGUCUCUGUCUCUGUCUCUCUCUCCCUCGCUCUCUCUCUCUUCUCGCAGUUGCCUCAGACAGUUCUGGACUAAUUCUUGACCAUGAUAUCAUACAGUCUGGCACACGAAUGGGAUGAUCUGUCAUUAAAAGAGUGUAGUUUGUGAUACCAGUAGUUUAUUUUACAGGAGGCCCUCAGCCAGAUGAACGGUAGAUGAAUGGUUGCGACACAAGCCUUGGCAGGCAGGCAGGGUCCCUCAUAACCACUAGUAGAUUUGUCGAAAUUAAACAAAAUCAAUUAACUGAAAACAGAGUUGAAUGACGAGCAAGUAGCAAGUGUGGUUAUAUAAUUUCUAUUCCCUCAAAAUAGGUUUGUAUUGCAGUGAUCUACCUACCUAUCUCAUCCGUGCUGCUGUUGUAAUUGUCCCAUGUUCCAGCUCAGGUCUCUUGGUUUUCACAUAUAGGCCUAUAAGCUUUGCAAGAGUGAUAACUCAACCUUUUGACUCCUCGUCCUCAUGUCCACUUUAUAUAAUAAAGUAACAUCUA